AUGUCCGACGAUUUUUUACUCGAUGAUGAGCUGUACGAGCUCGCGACAGGAGGUGACAAGAAGCGGAAGAAGAGACCGUCCGAGGGCAAGAGCUCGCGAAAGCGGGCGAGGACAGACUUGGGUGGCUCGGAUAUGGACGACAGCGACGAAGGAACCGACGCGGAGAAUCCGUAUCCAUUCGAAGGCAAAUACAAGAGCUUCAAAGAGAAAAUGGAGCUCGAGGAACUUCCUGAAAUGGAGAGAGAAUCUAUCCUCGCCCAACGGUUAGAAGAGAUGCAGCGAAUAGCAGAUAGGCACAACCUCUCCAAGCUCAUGGCGAACAGAGGAGAUGGUGGUGGAUUGGCAGACGAUAGUGUUGCGCAAGCUGCGAAGCGUAAACGGAAUAUGACCAACUCAGCUCGAGAAAAGGCGAGCACCCGAGAUGCAUUGAAAGCCAGUCGAAAAGCGAGGGAAGAACGACGGGCUCAUCACACUCCCGGGACUCGCGAAUCACCCUCCAAACGGCGAAGGAGCUCGUCUUCAGCUUCGUCAGAUAUGAACAUGAGCACGGACGAGGAAGAGAAGCCUCGAUCGAGAAAACGAAGUGAGAAUAAAGUGGAAGAAGACAACCGGGACAUUACAGUGCAAGACCUUGGUAGGCUUCAGCUCACGCGGACCCAACUCGCGAAGGAGUAUAUGAAGCCGUGGUUUGAGGAGUAUGUCACAGGCGCCUGGGUACGAUAUCUGAUUGGGUCCAACGAGGGGAAAGCCGUCUACCGAAUAUGCGAGAUAAAGUCUAUCGGCUCGCGGACUGUCCUCCCGUAUACGGUUGAGAAUGUGACCAUGAACCAGCAACUCGAGCUCGCGUUUGCCAAAAGCACGCGCUUGUUCAAUAUGGACAAAGUGUCGAAUAGUGCGUUCACCGAGCGCGAGUUUGAUCGAUUAAUUCAAGAGAAGAGACAAGGCAUGAAAGCAUGUGAAGCGCGCAAUCUCACAGAGGCGGACGUCGCUGCUAUGAUUGCCCGUCGACGAACGAUCAACCCCAACGAAGUGAGCUUCUCGCAGCGGAUUGCAGAGGGCAGUCGGAUCCGUCAAGAGCUCAACGCAGCGCUGGCGCGAAGUGACAAUGCCGAAGUCACCAGGUUGCGCGCCGAACUCGACGCCUACAAUGCAAAAUAUGGCGAGAAUGAUAGUGCAUACUCCGGAAGCGAACAUGAAAUCGCGCGCAGGCCUGGUAUAAAGCGCGAGAAUAGCGCAGCAGGAAGUGGUGCAGAGUCACUUCUCGAAGAACUCUCAAGGCGUAACAGGCAGUUGAAUCACGAACAUGCGCGCAAAGUCCAGAUAGCUGAUGCAGAAAGGAGACGAAGGGCGCACCAAGAACGCCUAAAGGAGGAGGCUGCAAAGGCUGCUGCCGCUCAGAAGGAUGGAUCAGAUAUUAACGUUCAGAAGAUGGAAGAUGUCGUUGAUAAAAACCCUGACUUGGCCAACAAAGACAUUGGGACGAAAAUGGCGCAUAUGGUCGAGAUUGACCUGCCGGACUUUUGA